AUGACAUCCAUUCAAGGCGCUAUUCCAAUCACAAAACUACAUUCAAUUCCCGUUCACGCACCCCCUUAUGGCCGAGGAGACACAGCUCCUAGGUUCACUGGUGUCGACAUCGUCAAAAUAAAAUAUCGCACCAACGGUGUAUCCGCCCGAGAAUUGAUCCCAGAGCAGCUUUCCCUGGAAGAACACCCUACUAUUACAACGUGGGUGCUCGACUACGGAUUCAGCAAUAUUGGACCCCACAAAGAGUUAAUCCAUCAAGUCGAAGUCAUGUAUCAAGAAACAAAAUACGACUACUCCAUUCUUCUGGUUCUGAACAAUGAAGACGCAGUGUAUGGAGGACGGGAGGCAUAUGGCUACCCCAAGGUGCUAGGCGAUAUCGAUUUCGACUUGAAGAAAGAAGCUGACGUAACGGCGUUCGUCACUGCGACAGUCUCACGGCCGAUUAGUAACCCAAUCGUUAGAAUCCUGUUCAAGCCUUCCAAUUAUGUUGGAUCUGGUCCUAUCCCGCCACCAGAAAACGUGGGCCUCAAUUUGAGACUUAUUCCCAAUAUCAUCCCUGGAGCCAAGCCAAACGUCCGCCAAUUUGUCCCAAUUACUUUCCAGGCGCUCGAAGGUGAGCAAUGGGAGGGUAUUGGCAAUAUUCAAUUCCCAUCGACAAGCAUGUUUCAUCCGUUUCAUAAGACGCCAGUCGUUGAAUAUUUGGGAGCGGAGUUGCUGAGAAACUGUACAUGUGCAUUUCAGGAUAGUGUCACUGAGGUCUUUGAUUUUUAA